AGACUCGGGGCUUACUAACUCAUGUUAGUAGGUCACAGUCGCAGCUGCUCCUUCUGCUGUCUAGCAGAAACUGAGGGGUAAACUCUCAAAUGGGCGCAGGCUAGUUAGCGAGGCAGGUGGGUGCCUAGUCAGCUGUAUGGCAGGAGAAAAGCUUAUUUUAAAUAUUGAGAGCUAAUGUUAUCAUGUACAAACUCUAAGGUUAGCAACGGCUAAUGAAAGUAUUUCGGUCCUUGUUUGUUUUUAUUUAUUUAUUAGCUAAGUCUAGCUAACGCGGAAGGCGUCUUCCUUCAGUGUAACCAAUGGUUUUGGUAACGGGUUUAAUGCGCUGCACCUUUUAGAAAGCAUUUCCUGCAGAUUUGAGGAUGUCUAAACGCCUGCGAAACACUGAGUUGUGCGCCGAUUGCUGUGGUCCAGAGCCUCGCUGGGCCUCCGUGAACAGGGGAGUGCUGAUUUGCGACGAGUGCUGCAGCGUUCAUCGGGGUCUCGGCAGGCACAGCUCCCAAGUCCGUCACCUGACUCAUUCCACAUGGCCUCCAACACAGCUUCAGAUGGUGCAGACAUUAUACAGCAAUGGUGCAAAUUCAAUAUGGGAGCACUCCCUUCUGGACCCUGCAUCUGUGAUGAGUGGAAAACGUAAGGCCAAUCCUCAGGACAAACUUCACCCAAACAAAUCAGAGUUUAUUAGAGCCAAAUAUCAAAUGCUGGCAUUCGUCCAUCGCAUGCCGUGCCGUGACGACGACAGCUCUACAGCAAAGGAUUUAAGCAAGCAACUUCAUUCGAGUGUGCGCACAGGAAAUCUCGAGACUUGUUUGAGGCUGCUGUCUCUGGGAGCACAAGCUAAUUUUUUCCAUCCAGACAAAGGAAACACUCCUUUGCAUGUAGCUGCAAAGGCAGGCCAAGUAUCUCAGGCUGAACUGCUGACUGUGUAUGGGGCUGAUCCUGGAGCUCUAGACAGCAAUGGCAAAACUCCCAUUGACCAUGCAAGAGAGGUUGGUCACUAUGACCUGGCAGACAGGCUGGUGGAGAUUCAGUAUGAGCUCACUGAUCGACUGGCGUUUUAUUUAUGUGGCAGAAAACCGGAUCAUAAAAAUGGUGAGCACUUCGUCAUUCCCCAGAUGGCUGACAGAAAUGUAAGUCCAGAUCUAACAGAACUUGCAAAAGCCGCAAAGAGAAAACUGCAGUCACUCAGCAAUCAUUUAUUUGAGGAGUUGGCCAUGGACGUGUAUGAUGAAGUGGACAGACGAGAGACAGAUGCAGUGUGGUUGGCAACACAGAAUCACAGCACGUUGGUGUCGGAGACGACUCUGGUUCCUUUCCUUCCUGUAAAUCCAGAGUAUUCAUCAACAAGAAACCAGGGACGACAGAAGCUCGCAAGGUUCAACGCACAUGAAUUUGCAACUCUAGUCAUUGAUAUUUUAAGUGACGCCAAACGCAGACAACAAGGGAAUUCUGUCGGCAGUCCGAAAGACAAUGUUGAACUCAUAUUAAAGGGCGUGGCUGUCAGACACAGCAGUGAUUAUGACAGCGUGGCUUCAGAUGAAGACACAGAUCAAGAGCUCCCUUCGAGCAAAGGAGACAGAACCAAGAGCCUGGACUCUGACAUUUCUGACGGCCCUGUAACUAUGCACGAAUACAUGGAGGUGAAAAAUGCGCUCACUGCCUCCGAAGCCAAGAUCCAGCAGCUCUUGAAAGCCAACGACGAUCUGAGCGACGAGCUGAGGCUGAUGCAGAAAAAGCUGCAAUCUCUGCAAAGCGAGAACACCUCUCUCAGGCGGCAGGUCACAACAAAUGUCUAUCAGACCCCCAGCGGUACAGACUACCCUGACCCGUCCAGCCCCUCAGCCCUGAAACGCCGGCAGUCUGCGCGGGCCAGUCGGCCCAUGUCAAUGUAUGAGACCGGCUCGGGCCUGAAGCCCUAUCUUUCCAAAGGGGAAACUCCUUACCCAGAGGAGGGUCUCCCCAGCCUGCAACCCUUUCCACCUCAUACAGAAAGGGGUGCAUUUGUGACCUCUUCAUCCCUUCCCUCAUUUCCAUCCACCCUGUCUUGGUCCAAGGACGACACUCCUCAAACGACGUCAAAGCUGGAAAAGCAAAGCAGCGUGCCAGAAAGCGACUAUGACAACACCUUCAAUGACUCCGAGAUGGAUGAUUCUGGCUUUGGCAGGAGAGGGAGGAUGAGGAGCAGCGGGUGGCUUGGAGAGGGCAACUCCAUCCCAGAGCUGGAGGAUCUGCAGACGGAGUCGGACCCCACGCUGCCAAGCACGGAGGACGUCAUCCGCAAAACGGAGCAGAUCACCAAGAACAUCCAGGAGCUCCUGCGAGCUGCUCAGGACAAUAAACAUGACAGCUUUGUCCCCUGCUCAGAAAGAAUCCAUGUGGCUGUAACAGAAAUGGCCGCCCUCUUCCCCAAGAAGCCACGCUCAGAGACGGUGAGAGGGUCUCUGCGCCUGCUGACCACCAGCGCCUGCCGCCUACAGAACGAGUGCCGGAAAGCCGUGCCUUUGGACGGCAGCUCAGGGCCGGACAUGCAGCUCGUCACCCAGCAGGUCAUACAGUGUGCUUAUGACAUUGCCAAAGCCGCCAAGCAACUCGUUACCAUCACAACGAAGGAGAAUACUAACUAGACAGCAUGCUCCAAAGCCACCAUCUCAGUAUUGUUCCUAUAUUUUCAGUGAUUAAAAAAGAAAACAACUUAUUUUUAAUGUAUUGUGGUAUAUGCAUGUGUUUUUUUUUAUUAUUUAAAAACAAUACUGACUAUAUCUAAAAGCAAGAUUGUCAAAGGGAAAGGAAAAAAAAAUGCAAUGUUAUGCAAUGUAUUUAGCUGUUGUUGUAGCACAAUUCCUCUUAAUGUAACAUUUUCCGAAAAGCACAUCUGUAUUGCUCUAUUAUAGAGUGAUUGUGAAACAUCUUUACUCAGCUUAAAGUAGCUAAAAGAAAAAUAAUGAAGUACAUUAGACUGCAUGCUGAAAUAGGUCAAUGAUAGCUGUCCAAACCAUGUUUGUUUGCUAUAUCCAGGGUUCCUACACAUUGAGAAACUCUAAACACUCUAAGGUAAAAAUUACCUUAUUUCUUUGUCUUUUCUGACUGUAUAAAUGUAAAAGUCCAACAUAAAUUUACAACAGGGAAAGGUCCAGUCAAAUAUUUGUCUUUAUUUGUCUCAGACACAGUAAACUCUUUGCUUUUACAGCCAAUUAUCAUGGGAAAAAAACAUUUUCUUACCUGAUAAACUUUAUGUUCACAAACAGCACCCACUGUUGCUCUGGUGGUUUGCCUGUUUAAUGUGUUAGCCGUUCCUAUGUUUGCCAUUUCCUGAGCUUUGGGUUGUUUUGCCUUUGCUUUUUGGAAUCUAAGAUUCAUAUUGUCUCAUAAUCAUGGAUUCAGUUUUUGCUGGGUGCACAUCUGGAAAUAAUCAGAUUUAGUCAUGUUUCUGUUUUUCUGGUUCUAAAAUAUUAAGGAAAUACGGAAGGAAAUUAGGUGUGAAACAACACUUGUGUGUUGUUUUCCAGGUGCAUUAAAAAACAAACAAACAUGAAAUUAUGGUAACUUGAGUCCAAGGCUGAAUGAUAUUGAAACCAACAAAAUCUGGAAG